GGAAGAGGAGGAGGAGAAGGAGGAAGAGGAGGCGCCUGGGGGGCGGCCCCGUCAGCGCGGCGGCAUGGCCGGCCUCAUCAACUUCGAGGACGAGGAGGAGGUGAGGGAGUACCUGGCUAACCUGCACGUCGAGUACAGCUACCAGUGCUUCAAGGAGAAGGACCCGGAGGGCUGCCAGCGGCUCGCCGACUACCUGGACGCCGUGAGGAAGGACUUCCAGGCGGCGGCGCGGGUGCUGCGCGACAACUGCGAGGCUCACGGGCACGGCGAGAGCUGCUACAAGCUGGGGGCCUACCAGGCCAUCGGCAAAGGUGGACUCGACCCCGAUUUGAAAGCUGCCUACAACUCCUUUUUGAAGUCAUGUGAGAAAGGUGGGAAGAAGUCAGUAAAUGCCUGUCAUAAUGUUGGGCUGUUGGCCCAUGAUGGGAGGGUGAAUGAUGAUAAACCUGACCCAGUUGUUGCUAGAGACUAUUACACAAAGGCCUGUGAUGGCAAUUUUGCUCCUAGCUGCUUCAACCUCAGUGUAAUAUAUCUCCAAGGAGCGCCUGGGAUCCCUAAGGACAUGAGCCGUGCUUUGAAGUACUCACUGAAAGGGUGUGAGCUGGGUCACAUAUGGGCCUGUGCCAAUGCCAGCCGAAUGUACAAACUGGGAGAUGGCAUUGAGAAGAAUGAUGCCAAGGCAGAGGAUUUGAAAAACAGAGCAAAACAGUUGCAUAAAGAACAGAAAGAAGCUUCAAGUUCUUUAACAUUUGGGGAGUAAAACUGUCAGUCGCAGUUACCAAGAAUGCAGUUUUAAAUGGCAAGUUAAUUUGUUAUUUAAAUCAUAUGAGCAUAUGGUUUUCACUCAAUAAAUGUCCUGUAAGUAUUUGCAUAUGCAAAUAAGUUUAUAUUUUUCUGGAUGCAAUAAAUGUGACUAACUCUG